GAAAACCAUUGCACGUCAAGAUGUGAUCAAGAGGAGUUCUCCAUCACGAGUACCGUUGUCCAUGGAAACAAUUGAAAAGAGCAGGCUCUUCAACAAGCCGGCCACUCCCUGGAUCAGCAAAUCCAAGCUCGUGUUUCCCUGUGUGAUCCGCCAGAGUGUGCUGAGGCUCAGGGUCAACAAGGUUGUCCUCAAGAAAUCACUGCUUUCAAAGUAAACGGUUUUCCUUUUUAUUAAUCCAUCACUUGGCAAACCAUCAGCUUGUUAAAAAGGAUGUCAUCAUGUAAAAAUUCUUGUCAUAAACAUGAUUAAAUAAAUUAAGCUGUUGCUCAAAUGUGCAUCAUGAUAGAGCUGACUGAUUAAACCAAUGCAAUAGUCAUCUGAGCCAAAAGAAAAGUGAAAUAACCUCUAAUGUCGUGUUUUGGUUUGUAAAAUCUAUAACUGAAGUCUUCUGACUCUUAACUCAAACUUUCAACAUUUUUGCAGAUGCCUUUAUAAUAUAAUUUAUUCUCAUACAAAGUUAAUAAUCUGUUAAUCUGAAUGACAGUGUAAGUACACUGUUGCGUUUCGCUUUAUGAAUUGUCUGCGUACGUCGAGGUUCUGAUGCAGACACAGCUGCCCUUGGGUCCAAACAUGAUAAAACUUGUUUGAGUGGAUUAAACAGAAAUCUGCCUGGUCCAGAGAUAACAGCUGCAGCUCUGCAUUUCUAAUGAUUUCCAGCUGUCCAUGAAGAAACAUGGAAGUAACUCUUCACACCUUGUUCGCUGCUGACUCUAAAGACAUAUUCCGCUGUCACUGUGAGUGAUGAGGUGGAACUCAAAGGAUCGACUUCAGAUACUGCUGUGUUACGUAAAACAUUCAUUUGUUUGCUGAACUUGUGCAUCAAGAAAACUCCAUGUUCUUUCAAUGUGUUCCAAAAACAACCAAACCUGCAACACUUGGAUGUUCAUUAUUGUUAUUUUGGGUGCUUUUUUUUGAUCAACAGAAAUGGACUUUCUGCUUUACUGUUUUUUGUGCUCCCCUUAUCUGCUUCUCUUUCCAUCCGUAGUAAUUGGGAAUGGCUGUGGGCCAGUAAGACCAGAGUGGAGGCGGGUGGGGGUGGUGGAGAAGACACAGAAAUAGAAGACAGAGAGGGCAGGCUUUUAUUCAGCUGAGAAACAUGUGCACCUCUCCCUGAGUUUAGCUCUGCAAACCCAGCACUGUGAGCAGUAUCGAUCCACCGGCUCCCAAUGACAGGAUUACUGGGAUCUCAUACAAAGACUUGGAUGCAAACUGGUGGACAGUAGAAACUUAUUAUCGCUGCACAAUGGAACACAAAGCAACAUCCACACAUUGGGUCCUAAGAUGCCUCUGCUUCAUGCUAAUUCUUUGGGUGAGCACAGCUCAAGACGAAGAUUUAAGAAGCUGCAGGACUGCACCGUGUGAUUUAGUUUUUAUACUAGAUGGCUCAUGGAGUGUUGAAGAUGUCAACUUUGAAAUAGUAAAGCGAUGGAUGGUCAACAUUACAACUACCUUCAACAUUGGACAAAGGUUUACUCAGGUUGGAGUGGUCCAGUACAGUGACAGCCCAGUUUUAGAAAUACCUCUGGAGAGGUUCUCUACAAACAAAGACCUCAUCAAAGCCAUGGAGUCGAUUGAGUACAUGGGUGGAAACACAAACACGGGUACAGCCAUUGAGUUUGCCACAGACAGACUGUUUGGGCUUUCUGAGCGAGGCCAUUCAGGCGUUUCCAGAAUUGCUGUUGUUCUCACAGAUGGGAAGUCUCAAGAUGAAGUCCUGAAAGCAGCUGAGACUGCAAGGAAAAAAGGGGUUAUCCUGUUUGCAAUUGGUGUUGGGUCAGAGACAGAAGAUGCUGAGUUAAGGGACAUCGCAAACAAGCCGUUUACGACAUAUGUCUUCUCUGUUGAAGACUACAAGGGUAUUUCAAGGAUUAUACAGGUCAUAAGACAAAAACUAUGUGAAGAGAUCGUUUGUCCAGCAAGGAUCCCUGUAGACUAUCGUGAUGAAAAGGGCUUUGAUAUUCUUCUAAGUUUAAAUUUGGCUAAAAAGGCAAAGAAGACAAGAGGAACAUUUUACGGUGCUAAAGCAUAUGAAGUGACCUCUUUGGUGGACUUGAGUGAAGCUACACGGAGCCUUUUUCCUGAUGGUCUGCCUCCAUCAUAUGUUUUUGUGGCCACAUUGAGGUAUAAAGGAUCAGUAUCUAUGGAAGAGUGGAACCUGUGGAGGAUACAGACAAGAGAUGGAAAACUUCAGAUGGCGGUGACCCUAAACGGUUUUCAAAGGACCGUCACGUUCACCACAACCAGCAAGGCCCCAAGUGAAACACAGUCUGUCACAUUUUCACAACAAACGGCAAGGAAUCUGUUUGAUGAGAAGUGGCACCAGUUACGGCUGCUGGUGACAGAAGAAGAUGUGACUCUGUAUGUUGAUGACCUGGAAAUAGAAACUUUACAACUGGAACCCUCUGUUGGCAUUUUCAUCAAUGGAAAAACUCAAGUGGGAAAAUAUGUCAAUAAGGAAACUACAGUACCUUUUGAAAUUCAGAAGCUGCGAAUUUACUGUGACCCGGAGCAAAACACAAGAGAGUCUGCAUGUGAAGUACCUGGAGUUUGCUCCAACAGUCCAGAUUACACCGAGCCAACACAAGAUCCCUGUAUUUGUCCUGCCGGACCUCCUGGACAUCCUGGAAUUAAGGGGGACAGAGGAAAUGCUGGGAUGCCUGGUCGGCCUGGACCUGCUGGUGCUGAUGGUAAGCCUGGUGUCCCUGGUGUUAGAGGAAGUCCUGGGCAGCCAGGUUCACCAGGAUUAAAGGGGGCACGUGGACCAGAUGGGUACAAAGGCGAGCAAGGAAGAGCAGGAGUUUCGGGAGAACGGGGUAUGCCUGGAAUACCAGGAUCACCCGGACAACCAGGAGAAAAGGGGUCAAUGGGAUUACCGGGAACAGCAGGACUAUCUGGAAAACCUGGUCAACUUGGAGAAAAAGGAAGCAUGGGACCUCCUGGGCUGCCUGGAUUUUCAGGAACUCCUGGUGUACCUGGGAGGGAAGGUAAAGAUGGAAUUCCAGGGAGAGAUGGUCCAAAGGGUGAUCCUGGAGCCAGAGGCAUUCCUGGUGCUGAUGGGAGGGAAGGGCAUCCUGGAGUUCCUGGUUUGCCAGGAAUUGCAGGUCUGAAUGGACAAAAGGGGGAAACUGGUGAGCCUGGGACAAGGGGACCCAAAGGAUCAGCAGGACCUCCUGGCGAGUUGGGCUUACCUGGUGAACCUGGUAUUGAAGGAUUACCUGGACUCAAGGGAAAUGCAGGUGAAAGUGGAAGUCAAGGACUAAGAGGAACACCGGGAAUUAGGGGGAGCACAGGAGAACCUGGAACACCUGGUCAGCCAGGACACCCGGGUAUGCCAGGCUUAAAGGGAAGCAAGGGAGAAAGAGGAAAUCUGGGUGAAAGAGGAGAACUGGGAGUGAAAGGAGAACAGGGAAUGCACGGUCGACCAGGGAUCCCGGGAUUUCCUGGUCCAGAGGGAUUAAAAGGAGAGAAAGGGACAGCAGGAGAUCCGGGUCAGAGAGGGCUCGAAGGUCAAGUGGGACGACCGGGACAGCGGGGUCAGUCAGGCCCACCUGGUCCUCAAGGGCCCCAAGGGAACAUUGGACCACCUGGGCCACCUGGACCUGAAGGGAGAUCUGCGAGCACAAUGUCAGACAGCCACAUCCGACAGAUCUGCAGGGAGAUUCUUCAGACCGAACUGCCUUUAUUGAUGCCUAACAACCAGCAGAGUAGCUGUGUGAGAUGUCAAAGCCAGCCUGGAUCUCCUGGUCCACCAGGUCCAACUGGGCCUCAAGGAUCUAGAGGUUUUCCAGGACUCACUGGCCCCAGAGGUCAACCGGGACACCCUAGUCAGCCUGGGCAUCCGGGAGUCAAUGGGCUCAAAGGGGAACCAGGUCCCAGAGGUGAAAAGGGGAGUCCUGGCCACGUCGUAUUUGGAGACCAAGGACCCCCUGGUCCUCCAGGUCCCACAGGUCCUCAGGGGUACGGUAAAGCAGGCCCUCCAGGUAAUCCCGGACCGCCUGGACAAAAUGGAGCUGAAGGAAAAAGCGGCGCUCCUGGCCAACCAGGUGUAUGUGACCCAUCCAUGUGCUAUGCCAGCACGAUGAGACGGAGUCCCUUCAGCAAAGGCCCAAGCUAUUGAUGCAAUGCAGCACAACAACAGGCACCAAUCUGAGGCUGAUAACGAACAAACAGCCACUCUCAGGAAGAUUUCAUCUUUACAGAUUCUCUCUGCCUCUGAAACUAAACAGACCUCCUUUGACUCUUUUUUAUAAACUUGUACAGUGGGGCAAAAAAGUAUUUAGUCAGCCGCGGAUUGUGCAAGUUCUCCCACUUAAAAUGAUGACAGAGGUCAGUAGUUUACAUCAUAGGUAACUUCAACUGUGAGAGACAGAAUGUGAAAAAAAUCCUUGAAUUCACAUGGCAGGAUUUUUAAAGAAUUUAUUUGUAAAUCAGGGUGGAAAAUAAGUAUUUGGUCACUUCAAACAAGGAAAAUCUCUGGCUCUCACAGACCUGUAACGUCUUCUUUAAGAAGCUUUUCUGUCCUCCACUCGUUACCUGUAUUAAUGGCACCUGUUUGAACUCAUUAUCUGUAUAAAAGACACCUGUCCACAGCCUCAAACAGUCAGACUCCAAACUCUACUAUGACCAAGACCAAAGAGCUUUCGAAGGACACCAGGAAAAGAAUUGUAGACCUGCACCAGACUGGGAAGAGUGAAUCUACAAUAGGCAAGCAGCUUGGUGUGAAAAAAUCAACUGUGGGAGCAAUUAUCAGAAAAUGGAAGACAUACAAGACCACUGAUAAUCUCCCUCGAUCUGGGGCUCCACGCAAGAUCUCAUCCCGUGUGGUCAAAAUGAUCAUGAGAACGGUGAGCAAGAAUCCCAGAACCACACGGGGGGACCUGGUGAAUGACCUGCAGAGAGCUGGGACCACAGUAACAAAGGUCACCAUUAGUAACACACUACAACGGCAGGGAAUCAAAUCCUGCAGUGCCAGACGUGUUCCGCUGCUGAAGCCAGUGCAUGUCCAGGCCCGUCUGAAGUUUGCCAGAGAGCACAUGGAUGAUACAGCAGAGGAUUGGGAGAAUGUCAUGUGGUCAGAUGUAACCAAAGUAGAACUUUUUGGUAUAAACUCAACUCAUCGUGUUUGGAGGAAGAAGAAUACUGAGUUGCAUCCCAAGAACACCAUACCUACUGUGAAGCAUGGGGGUGGGAACAUCAUGCUUUGGGGCUGUUUUUCUGCUAAGGGGACAGGAUGACUGAUCCGUGUUAAGGACAGAAUGAAUGGGGCCAUGUAUCGUGAGAUUCUGAGCCAAAACCUCCUUCCAUCAGUGAGAGCUUUGAAGAUGAAACGUGGCUGGGUCUUCCAACACGACAAUGAUCCCAAACACACCGCCCGGGCAACAAAGGAGUGGCUCCGUAAGAAGCAUUUGAAAGUCCUGGAGUGGCCUAGCCAGUCUCCAGACCUCAUCCCCAUAGAAAAUCUGUGGAGGGAGUUGAAAGUCCGUGUUGCUCGGCGACAGCCCCAAAACAUCACUGCUCUCGAGAAGAUCUGCAUGGAGGAAUGGGCCAAAAUACCAGCUACUGUGUGUGCAAACCUGGUAAAGACCUAUAGUAAUCGUUUGACCACUGUUAUUGCCAACAAAGGUUAUGUUACAAAGUAUUGAGUUGAAUUUUUGUUAUUGACAAUACUUAUUUUCCACCCUGAUUUACAAAUAAAUGCUUUAAAAAUCCUGCCAUGUGAAUUCAUGGAUUUUUUUCACAUUCUGUCUCUCACAGUUGAAGUGUACCUAUGAUGUAAAUUACUGACCUCUGUCAUCAUUUUAAGUGGGAGAACGUGCACAAUCGGUGGCUGACUAAAUACUUUUUUGCCCCACUGUAUUUAGGUUGAAUGGUUUUCUGAUGUUGUUUUGCAUUAAUAUCCGUGUGUGUUUGGACUAGUCUGGAGGUUUUCAUGACAGGGCAAAGUGUCUGGUUUGAGUACCUCUCUUCUGAGAGCCUUGAACGCUUGUUAUUGUGGCUGGUACACUUUCCUUUACUGCCCCCUGGUGUUGCUUCACUGCAUGUUGUUCAAUGUCAUUACUGCUCAGUCAGUGGGUGCUGCGUGGAAUCUAAAUGAAACUUCUGCAUUAAUAACAUGUUUAGUCAUUAAGAUUGCAUUGAAUUGUGUCUAAAACCUGCAUACUUUGGCAGUAAGUCUGAGCUUAGUUUAAACUUAAGCUAGUUGUAACUGUGUGAAGGCCUAAAGCAGCUACAUUAAGUACCAGAUUUACCAGAGGUAAUUGAAUAACUUCAGCAUCUUUUAUUCUUUUAUAUGUUAUGUUUGAUAUUUAGGAUGUUUGAAAAUUUGUCAUGUAUGACUUUUCUGAACCUUUUUUCCCUCAGACUUACUUUUCAUUCACAUAUCAGGUAUUUUAUUGUUAUUUAUGAAAGUCAUAAAUGUGUAUUUUCAGUAGUGACAAGUCCUAAAAAACUUUUAUAAUGUAAUUUUAUGACUUUUGUAUGUUGUAUAAUUUUUUAUACUAGAAUUAAAAUAUAAUAAUGA